GUCGAUAAGAACAACACAAACGAACCAACAUGGCGGAGAAGCAGAGAAUUUCCAUCCUUGGUCUCCUAAAAGAAGUGGAUUUUCACAUGGUUAAAGGCGCAGCACAGCAACUACACCAGAAAGAACCCAAUGUCUUUUUUGAGCCAAAAGCCGUGGGUUUUUUAGAAUGCGACUGGAUUUCCUUCAUUCAGGCCAAGAAAAAGGAGUUGAAAGGAGAAGUAUGGGGAUUUGAUGAUAAUGUCAUUAUAUUCAUUAAUGAAGAGGUUGUUGGUGGUAAAGAUGAGUUUUUAAAGUGGGCGAAUGACAACUAUAACUAUCAAGACUUCAGGCCUCUACCUCUGUGGUAUGCUAUGGCAAAAGAAUCAUACAAGAAUCACCUAAUAGAUACUAAGCAUGAAUUUGUUUAUAUGGAUAUAGCUGUUGGAGACGAGAAAAUAGGAAAACUUAUAAUAGAGCUAAUGUCUGAUAGAUUACCCAAAACAUGUAAAAAUUUCAUAAGCUUAAUAAAAGGGAACUUGGUUGAAGAAGAAAGACAUGAUCCUCCAUUAAAACUCAGCUACAAGAACAGUAUUAUUCACCGUAUUGUUCCUAAUGGCUGGAUACAGGGUGGAGAUAUUGAAGGAGGGAGAGGGGUAGGCGGGGAAUCAAUAUAUGGGGCUGUAUUUGAGGAUGAGGAUUUUUCAGUAGCACACAACAAGCGUGGUAUUUUAGGCAUGGCCAAUAAGGGUCGACAUACGAAUGGUUCUCAGUUCUACAUAACCUUACAGCCUGCACCUUGGAUGGACACUAAAUAUGUUGCUCUUGGACAAGUCAUUGAGGGCUUACAAGUCUUAGAUAUCCUGGAAGAACAGGACACUUUCAAUGAAAGACCCAAGAAAACAUGCCAAAUAACUGAUUGUGGCAUCUUUGAUGUCCAUGAACUAUGGACAUAAGAUCUUAUGGACCACAAGCUGGUYGUCUCUUGGACGAUUUUGUAUUUUUAUAUUGACAGGGCUUAUUGUCUUGGCUCAUGAUCUGGGCACAUGAUCCGGGCACAUGAUAUGGGCACAUGGUAUGGGGAUUGAUUUUUGAAUCAAAUGAAUCGAAAUCAAGCUGGGGAUAUAAAGAUUUGCAACACACAACACAUGACAUAAAUCACUCGACAUAUAAGAAGCACUAUUUUCAGGUUUCUUUAUAAGAAAUUAAACAUUUUGAAAUAUUAGUGUUUUUAUAUAAAUGCCCACGACAAUUUAGCUAGCUCUGCGUCAUACGUUUGUUUGGUUUUGAUUGGCUCCUUGAUAAACGCUGACUAUCUUUCUAGAGAUUUCAAAAUAAAAUGUGUUUUUAUGGUGACAAAACUACCCUCCCCUAGGGGGUAGGGUGGGGAGGAAACCAAGAAAUUUAAGUGACUUGAAAUUUGAAGAAAGGGUAUAUUCUCAGUGACAUCAAUAUUUGCCCUCACCCCUCUCUCCCUAAGUGUAUUGAUUACCUUGUAGGGUAGGGUGGGGACAAGUUGCCCAAUCAUGUACAUAGUUUAGAAAAAAUCUAGAUUACGCUAAUUGAUAUUUUUAUCUUAUUAAUUUUAUUGCUUCAUUUUGCCAGUAGCUUGUAAUUAACUUCAAUCUCCAGAUAGAUAUAUUUAAUAUUAAAAGUAUUCAUGAUUUUUAAAA